AGCGCAACCGGAACUUUCGCUUUGGACUGAAGAUUCCAGUCGGCAUGUAAACAGUGUGGCGCCAGGUUCAGAGCCGAGAAGCGACGCUUUUCGGGUCAAAGCCAGUGACUGCCAGGGUUUGUGAUAUUCGUGUAAAGUGUAGUUAUGAGGCUGUUUCAUGCUCUCCGCGAUGCCAGCAGGUUCAGGAGCGUGUUUGACUUCGGGGGUCGUGAAGUGGCUCACUGGUUCCCGGGACACAUGGCGAAAGGUCUAAAGCAGAUGAGAGCCAACCUGAAGAACGUGGACUGUGUCAUUGAAAUUCAUGAUGCCAGAAUCCCAUUGUCAGGGCGAAACCCUGUGUUUGAGGACACUCUAAAUGUCAAACCACAUCUGCUCAUUCUAAACAAGAUGGACCUCGCUGAUGUGUCCAACAAGCAGAGAGUCGUGAGGACACUUCAAAAAAGUGGAGUGCAGAACGUCCUCUUCACUGACUGUUUAAAGCAGAGCGAUACCAGUAUUAAAAAGGUGGUGCCACUGGUAAUGGAAAUUAUUGAAAAGAGCAUGCGCUUUAAUAGAGCGGAGAACACAACUUACUGCCUGAUGGUGAUUGGCGUGCCCAAUGUGGGGAAAUCAUCUCUUAUCAAUGCACUGAGGAGAACCAAUUUGAAAAAAGGUCGCGCUUCUCGAGUCGGCGGGGAGCCUGGAAUAACUAAAGCUGUCCUCACCAGAAUUCAGGUGUCCGAGCGACCCCUAAUGUACCUGCUGGACACACCAGGAGUGUUGCCUCCAAGGAUUGAGAGUGUAGAAACAGGGAUGAAACUGGCGUUAUGUGGAACUAUCCUGGACCAUUUAGUGGGUGAAGACAUUAUCGCUGACUACUUACUGUAUUCACUGAACAGACUCGGGAAUUUCAGUUAUGUAGAAAAAUACAGUCUCCAAGAGCCCAGUGACGAUAUCCAGCAUGUCCUCAAACGCAUCGCUGUCAAACUGGGAAAGACUCAGCGAGUCACAGCCAUAACGGGAGUGGGAAACAUCAAUGUCACAGUACCAAACUACACCGCAGCAGCUUAUGAUUUCAUCAGAGCCUUCAGGAAAGGAGAACUGGGACAAGUAAUGCUGGACUGAUCCGUUUUUAAUGAAGAGAAAAAGACUGGUGAUAUUUACCCACUUCAUAGUUUCUGAUAUCGUGCAGUUAUCAGAUUAUGUAAAAAAAUGACACAAAAACCUUCUGUAAAUAAAAGAAUUUCACUUUAUUCAUUUUCUUCUUGCUUUUAGUGUACAGGAGACAAAUAUCAGACAUGUUGUAAACAGAAUAUUUAUUAGAAUUAAGACAGUGAUAGCAAAGUGUUUCUUAUUUACAGGAGUGCUGCAAUAAAUAUCAUAGUGCACUUAGAAAUGUGGAACAGUCUGAUGCUCCUGAGUAUCUUCGGGGGUGUACGAGAUCUCCUGGUUUGAUAGUCACACCAUUAAAACUUUGUAGUAAAGUGUGAGAGCAGCAUCGGGUUUAUUCAUACGCUUUUAAACACCA